AUGAAGCUACCUCCCAUCGCGGUAGCCUGUCUUUCCGCUCUCGCCAUAGACUCAUGCAGCAACGUCAUCGCGCAACGCUUGAAAGCAUGGAACGAAUCUAAGCCCUUCGUCUUCGACCGCGUCCUCUUUACCCAGUUCGCCAUCAUGGUCGUACUCACCGCGCCCAUCAACUACCACUGGCAGAAUUGGCUCGAGCGCGCGUUUCCGGGCUGGAAGACCGUCAAGCAAACAAGGGCUGUAGGCGAAGGUGAAGAGGAGAAGGGCAUAAUGCUGAGAGGUGAUGGAGAAGGAAAGGGCAUUGUGGAAGAAGAGGUUAGAGUGAGGAACUGGUGGAAUAUUUUCAAGAAGUGGUUUACGGACUGCAUAACCAUGGGCGCGCUACUGAACCAGUCAAUGUUCCUGAUUCUGAUUGGUCUCAUGAAGGGCAAGACAGUUGCGAUGAUUGGGCAGGACUUCAGAAACGAGCUCUUCGGUCUCAUCUUCGAUUCGUACAAGGUCUGGCCGAUUGCCAACUUCUUUAGCACCACCUUCAUCCCUGUCGAGCGUCGUAUUGUCUUCCUCAGCUUCUGCGGUUUACUGUGGAACAUAUAUCUGAGUCUGGUGGCAGCUCGAUUGUAG